UCAGACCUAGAAGCCCCCCAGCAUCGCCCCCCCCAGCAUCGUGUCCCCCGCCCCCCAAAAUUGACACCCCCAGGACCGGGCCCACCCUGGAUCGGGCCCCCGCCCCCCAGGAUCGGGUCCCCCCUCCAGGAUUGACACCCCCAGGACCAGGCCGUGGCAGGGCGACGCUGCGCAGCCUCCUUCGGCCUCGCAUGGAACUGGGAAUUGAGCUGCCCCAUUCCCCCAAAUGUUGGGAGCCCCCCAGGGAGGGGGUCGAGCUACCUCCUUUCCCCGUGACAUGCAGGAGCGUUGGAUUGGGGCGUCCUGAGCCCGACCUCUGACCUCGGCAGCAAGAUGCUCGCCUCAAAACAGGCCACGGCUUGGUUGUGCGGUCACGGCGCCGCUGUGGUCGGCGAGCAGCCAGCUCCUGGGCCUGGAAACGCCGGCAAAGCGGGGCUGCCCUUGUUGGCUUCUCCCAAAGAGCUUCCACAGUGCAAUUUUAAUUAAUUUGAGAGAUCAGGUACGCAAAGGGGGAUCUCUUUUCAUGCCCCAGCACGGACUCGUUGGCUCACUGUAUCAGCGAGGAUUGUCGCAUGGGGGCCGGCAUAGCCGUGCUGUUUAAGAAAAAGUUUGGUGGCAUAGAAGAGCUCUUGGAUCAGCAAAAGAAGUCUGGGGAGGUAGCAGUUCUGAAGAGAGGUGACCGAUAUAUUUACUACUUGAUUACAAAGAAGAAGGUCUCCCAUAAACCAACAUAUGAGAAUAUGCGAAAGAGUUUAGAGGCCAUGAAGACUCAUUGUUUGAACAAUGGGGUUACUGAUAUUUCCAUGCCUAGGAUUGGAUGUGGACUUGACCGCCUGGAAUGGAGUAAGGUUUCAGCGAUACUUGGAGAAGUAUUCGAGGACACGGACAUAAAGAUCACAGUUUACACCCUCUGAACAAAGGGGCCUUUAUGGGGAUGGUUGUCUUAUUUCUCCUGUUUUGGGGAGAGGUGAUUUGUUAAUUGAUGGAUGAGGAAUGGCUGCAUAUGAGGCACAGCCCAGUCCUCCCUUUCCAGGUAUAACUCAUUGUUGGGUUCAUGUUUUCCAAUGGAAGGUAGCUAUUCUCUGAAAACAGCUAGUUUGGAAUAUGGCGUGCAGACUUCCAGUGAAGAAGUAAAGUAUUUAAUAUUAAUCUUCAGGGUCAUGUAUAUCCCUCAGGGAUUCUCACCUGCGAGUUGCACUGUGAGUCACCUGAUGUUACUGUUCCUCCGUUGCCCCAUCUGCUAAACACUAUUGAAAAUGGUUAUUGUAUGUAGCUGUAUAACAUCUUUUGGCAUUCUUAAUAUUUUGGGUCUUUGAACCUGAGUUUGUAUGUAUUUUACUCUGUUUUACAGAAUGGGUAGGUGAAGAAUUAUGUAGCCCUGUCGUUUUGAUUUAAAGUUUUACAGUGUUCAUGUCAUCAAUGAGGCUUGUUUUCCUUUGUCUGUUGAAUGAUUAAAAUUAAAGUAUUCUUUCAAACAGAA